AUGAAGACUAUAAAUUUUGUACUUUUAAUAGGAGUGGCAUUAUACAGAGUUCAUGGGCAGCACCAUCACCAUGUACAACCUACAGAGAUUAAUUAUUAUGAGUCCAAUACAGAUGUUAUCCCACCAUUGAUCCAAUGUCCUCAAGGCUAUACUAUAAGUGGAAAACAGUGUACAAGGACAAUUUUUUCUCCUAGCUCUUUAAAUUGUCCAAAAAAGUAUGACUUGAGAGAUGGACAAUGCGUAAGAAAAGAAUAUAAUCUAGCUGUACCAGUUUGUGAACCUGGAUUUGAGCUUAUUAAUGGUCACUGUGUAACUCGCCAGGUUGUUCCAGCAGAUAGAACAUGUCCACAUGGAUUUGUACUUGUUGGAGAUGAAUGUGUUACAAUGAAAGAAUUUGCAGCAGACUACCGAUGUCCUCCAGGUUUUCAGAGGAAGCAUCAAGAAUGUGUUCGUGAUAUUUCCACAGAUCCACUUGAAAUCUGUCCACCAGGCUUUGAUCCAGUAGAUAAACAUGGCAGAACAGUUCAAUGCUCCAGAACAGAAAGUGCAGAUGUGAUACUAACUUGCCGUCAUGGUUAUGAGCUUCGUGGUGAUAUUUGUGUCUUGACAGAUCUAGCAGGACCUAAUUUGAAAUGUGAAAAAGGUUUCCAACUCAAAGAUGGAGUAUGUACUAAACUUGUAAAUGUAGAUUCUACAUCUCAAUGUCCUCCAGGCUCAGUUCCAAGAGGUCAUCGUUGUGUAAUAAUUACAAAUGUACCAACUAUUCCCACAUGUCCAAAUGGGUUUGAAUUGGAUGGAACAAGUAGUCGUUGUGUUAGAAUGGAGGAACGUCCAAUCAUUCAAGAAUGCCCUCAAGGGUUCAAGAUGGAAAGUGGACAAUGCAUCAGUGUGACGAAUGUUGAACCAGAGGUAACUUGUCCACCAGGAACUACAUCUCAGGGACACAAUAAAUGUUAUACAGUAGUCACAGAGCAGCCUUUGCAACAAUGCCCUCAUGGUUAUAUUGAUACCGGUUCUGGUGAGUGUAUUUCUGAAAAAAUGAAGCCACCUUCAGUUGAUUGCCCACAUGGUUUCUCACAACAGAAUGGACAAUGCAUCAAGAUAAUUACUGAAACACCUACUAAAAAUUGUCAAACAGGUAUUUUGAAGGGUCAUCGUUGUGUUUCAUUUGAGACAGUUCCAUUAAUAGGAUUUUGCCCUGAUGGGAGUGAAGUUCCCCCAACAGGAAUGUGCACAGUUUCUACAGGUAAACCUUAUUCUUUGAAAUGCCCCCAUGGGUACAAUUUGGAUGGAGGUCAAUGUAUACAAGAAAUUGUAGCAAAGACAAGUUACAUGUGUCCCAGUGGAACAAGUGAUGGUCAUGGGAAAUGUGUGUCUUUGGCAGCUACUCCAGCCUUACCUGUGUGUCCUCAUGGCAUGGUUCUUACUCCGGAUGGGACUCAAUGUGCAAAGACCGAACAUACAAAGAUAUCAUUAUCAUGUCCUGAUGGAUAUCAUUUCCAUCACGGUCGAUGUGAAAGUAAAGUUUAUGAAAAACAUACAAAGAAUACUAGAUCUGCUCAUGGGCAUUACUAA